AUGGUUUUCGGGCUCAGCGGCAUAAACAUCAAUAGCUACCAGAACAAGAACCCCGAUCCUUCGAUCGCCAUCUACCCUGCCCUCCACAUAUCCGACGCCCCCUAUUCCAUCCAGGAGCAGCCUCUGCGCUCUGCCAUCUUCAUCCCAACCGACUUCAAGCAUGGCACCGACGGAAAGACGCCCGUGAUCCUCGUGCCGGGCACAGGCUCGUAUGGCGGCGAAGCGUUCCAGCACAACUUCGCCAAACUCCUUCGCGCCAGCUCCUUCGCCGACCCGGUGUGGCUGAACAUCCCAGGCCGCAUGUGUGACGAAGCGCCCAAGAAUGCCGAGCACGUUGCUUAUGCCAUCAACUACAUCGCAACCGUGUGCGGCAAGAAAGUGGCAGUGGUGGCCUGGUCACAGGGCAACCUGUCAACACAGUGGGCGCUGAAAUACUGGCCGAGCACCCGCGCACAAGUCAGCAACUUCAUUUGUCUUUCGGCCGACUUUAAAGGCACAGUCGAAGCUUGGGGUCUGACACCGCUCAAAGGCAUGGUCCCUGGCACUCCAGCCGUGUGGAACCAGACCAUGAAUUCGACGUUCAUCGCCACGCUGCGGUCGAAUGGUGGCGACUCGGCCUAUGUGCCCACAACGUCGAUAUACUCGGCGACAGACGAGGUCGUGCAGCCACAAUUCGGGUCCCACGCCUCGGCCUUAAUGAAGGAUGAGAGAAAGGUUGGAGUGACCAAUUGCGAGCUGCAAGUCGCGGCGUUCAUGAAGCCUGCCGGGCUUGCGUACUCGCACGAAGGUGUCAUGUACAGCUCGCUUGCCUGGGCGCUGGCCGAAGAUGCCAUCAAGAACGGUGGACCAGGCAGCUAUGACCGGAUCAACAUGGCAAGUGUAUGCAUGCACAGAAAAGCUCCCGGGUUGAGUCUCUUGGAUGCGACGCAGACCCAGGCGCUGAGCGGCUGGUGCUUGAAGAGCAUCCUGCUGUUUACGCCCAAGCCGUGGCGUGAGCCGGCCCUUCCUCUGUACGUCGCGUCGGAAAAGAUCAACUAUGUUGCCGAAGAGGUUCCCAUACCCGCGAAGCCUGCAGUGUCUGUGCUUGAGACAGAGGUCGGUGAAGAAGAGGUUGCUGCUGCCUAG